AUGGGUAAGAAGGAAAAGCACGUGAAAAAGGAUGUUGGGGAGGAGCAGGAGCAGGGUACAUUCCAUCUCAAACCAUCAACUGCUGAACCAAGCCUGAAAUCCCAAGAAUGGCCGCUGUUACUGAAGAAUUUCGACAAUAUGAAUGUGCGAACUAACCAUUAUACUCCUCUCCCUGAAGGGUGUUCUCCAUUAAAAAGAGAAAUCAAAAAUUAUAUUUCGUCUGGGUUCUUCAAUUUGGACAAACCGGCGAACCCAUCGUCACAUGAAGUUGUGGCGUGGAUCAAGCGCAUCCUUCGCGUUGAAAAAACCGGUCACAGUGGCACUCUAGAUCCCAAGGUGUCUGGCUGUCUAAUCGUUUGUAUCGAUCGUACAACUCGCUUAGCAAAAUCUCAACAAGGUGCUGGUAAGGAAUACGUCGCCAUCUUCAAGCUUCAUAAUGCUGUAGAAAGCGAAAAGAAGAUAAAACAAGCGCUGGAAAAGUUAACCGGAGCGCUCUUUCAACGUCCCCCAUUGAUCUCAGCCGUAAAGCGCCAGCUGCGUGUGAGAACCAUUUAUGAGAACAAGCUUCUCGAAUAUGACAAGGAGCAGCAGAUGGGAAUUUUCUGGGUUAAAUGUGAGUCGGGCACAUACGUCAGGACGAUAUGUGUACAUCUUGGGCUUCUGCUCGGAGUAGGUGCACAAAUGCAGGAGCUACGACGAAAUAGGUCUGGAAUUACUGAUGAGCACGACCAACUCGUGACCAUGCAUGAUAUUUUGGACGCUCAGUAUGUCUUGGAUCAUCACAAGGUGGGCAUAUAG